UUCUGUGUUCUGUCGUGAUAUUUCUAUGUAUUGUGUAAAAAAUUGUAAACAUUUAAAAACGGAUACACUUUAAAUAUUUUCGAAAAAAAAAUAGCCAUGAGACAAUCAUUUUUAGUUCCUAAUUUGGACUUCUUAAAGGAGAUUCCAAGUUCAGAUUCAGACAAAAUUGUUGUAGUAUCUAUUAUAGGAAAAACUGCCUUCAGUUCGUAUGGAUUUAAAGUUAAGGAACUAGGUAGAAUGUUCUCAUCUGAUACUCAUAGAAAAAAUUCAGAUUUAUUGUACACUAUCGAGGGAUAUUAUGAUGAAGAAAACCAAAUUGUUUAUCUCCAUGCGCACACUCUUUUGGAUACGGACUGUAUUUUGAAAAACUAUGAAUCAAUAAGAGUGAGUGAAAGAUAUAAAAAUGAUGAAUAUGACUUUCUUUCAGCCUAUGAUGAGGUUAAAACAAAUAUUGCGAAAAUAAUGCUAUUUCUAUUUUAUGUCAGCCAUAUAGUUAUUUUAUCCCAUCCUGGUUCAUCUUUUGAUACUAAUUAUAUCCAAUAUUUUAAAGCACUGAACACACUGGGCCAAAAAUUAUCUACUAAGGCUUCAAAAUAUUUUGAACAUUUGGAUAUCAGCAAAGACUGGUCUAAAAAUGGCAGGACCUGUAUUCCAAGAUUGUUGUUUUAUUUUGAAAAGUGUCCCAAAGGUGCCACAAAUGUAAAGAAAUUGGAACAUAAUAUGGAAGAUAAAAUAUAUCACAUUUUGAAAAAAACACGAAUAUUAUCUGCACCAUAUCCAAUUUUUGCCUUGCCCUUGAAUCAGGAAUUUGUAUAUGUUUCUAAAACACCAGUAAUAGAUGCUAAAGGAGAAAUGUUGAAAGGUCUUAUAGCGGAUUGUGAGCCAGGAGGAGCAAUUAAAAUGACUGCACCCUUCUCAACACAAGUAGAAAAUGAACAUAGUUUUAAACAUAUGUUGAAAGAGCAUAUCAAACAAGCCAGAACAAAAGGCUUUAAUGACCCAGUCAAUCCAAGGCAUACCUCUCAUGUAGCUUCUCAUUUUGAGUUGCCUAUUCUUAGUAGUUGGGUUGAUGUUACAAAAAUCAUGUAUGAACGUCUGAUAAUCACCAAAUUUUCGGCCCAUCUCAAUGUAGAAACCAAAUUUUCUGAGCAGAGAUGUAUGAAAGUGCUACCUAUAGCUUUGGCAAAAUAUCAGGAGGGCUUACCUUCACAUUACGGAAAAGCUGAACAUGAGGCGCGUUUGGCAAUGGCUAUGAAUCUAUUUCGUGCACAAGCUAGAGGUGCUUUGUAUCCAAAAUUUGCCAAACAGUUACAGAGUGAUUGUUUAGAGCAUUGGACAAAUGGAAGACAGCAAUGUGAGGCACCAUCACUAACAGGCAAUCCAUGCAAAUUACCUAAGCACGACAGUGAUCAAGAACACAUGAGUGGAUUUAUUUAUAAAGCUGCUUGUGACUGUGGAAGGAAAAUUGGUUCCAGGGAAGAUCCAUACAAUGCUAAACAAGCAAAUUAUUUGUUUUACCAACAAGUAGCUAAAGAGUGUUAUUGCUCAAAGUUAGAAAGGAUUUCAUUUCCUGUAUUUGAACCUUCAACCAAAGAAUUCAAAGCUGCUUGUUUGGUAGACUCAGCUGAGGAACGGCCAACGGUUCUCUCUGACCGUAGUGAAUGUACCUCUCCAGAUAUUCAAAGUUGUGAUUCAGAAACACAGCCUAGUACUACGGAAUAUCUACCAGGAAUGUUAACACUGACCUCUCCAUCUGGUUUACUUCCAGCAUUUUCAAGCUGGUCUCUAGUUUCUAUAGGAUUAUCCUCUUUAUAUAGUCAUAACAUAGGAUUAUCGGAAUCCCAUCAUCCUGGUUUCCUUAGUUCAACAAAUUACCUCCUACCUUGGGAUGUGACAGUGUACACAAAAGCCAAAGCAAAUAUGUGGCCCCAAUUAAGUAGAUCUUCCACCAGAGGACGUAGGGGGCGCUCAACGGGAAGCUUACCCCAGUUUACAGUGAAAGUAUUCAUUGGUAUGGAAUAUGAAUGCCCUCAAGGACACAAGUUUAUGUUAGCAUCUCCUGAUAAAAUUCUGAAAGCUACACCAGGGAGUAUGGUGAAGGAUACAGGCCAUAAGAUUGCUGAGUCAGAUAUGCCUUUAUAUUUUCAAUGUGCUUGUCGAGCUGCUAAAAUUGCUCAGCUAAUGAGAAUUCACAUAGUUACACCCAAAGCACCCGUGCAUUGUACCUUGAAUCCAAGAGUUCAACCUGGGUCUAAUGCUCCGAUUUUUGUCCCUACGCUUGAUGGACCCCUUAAGUUAUCUCAGUCCUCCUACUGGGUAUUGAGAUUGCCUUACGUAUAUGUAGCUGAAAAUGAGCAUUUUCCCCAAAACAAUUAUGCAAGACUUCUCAAAGAUACCUUUGGGGUAACUGAAGCUGACUGACAAAAAUCAAACAAAAAAAUUCAUAUUCUGAGAUGAACUAUUCUGCGUUUUACAAGUUAAUUUCUGAGAACAUUCUAAACCUUUUUUUGUAGUUCAUUAUGGAAAUAUUGAAUUUUCUUAUAUAUUUUUCAUAAUGAACUUUAUUGUUAAUUUCAGAAAUAUGGAAGGGAUUGUUAUGUAUUCGAACUUUCUUGUAAAGCUAAAAAUUCUCUAAUUACCAGACCCACACUAAGCUUUUUAAUUAAAUGUUAUUCUUGUAUGUUCUUAAUUACGAAAAUAAAGAGUUUGAUAUUCUG